AUGGCCUACCUAGAUAUGUCUGUACACACAUACAGUACGCUGCUAAGGCCGGCAUGCAGAACAUCGCACCCCGCCGACCUUACCGUCCUUACAGCCAUCCCCCGGCUUGUCUCGUCUCGUCUCGAGGCCAUCCUCGGCGAUGAUACAGACGGCGCCGCGUGCAACGUCUGGCGCCGCCGGCCCUGGGAAGAAGCCACAAGCCAUGGCGCAGUGAUUGCCUCUCCCCUUCCCCCUUCCCCCUCCCCCACACACCGACUGACCCUCGAUGCUGCUGGCAACAUUGCUUCUUUUGCUGCUGGCUGGUGCUCCUCAACCACAGCUGACCACGCAGCCCCUCCCCCGUGA